AUGCGGGGAUUUUUGAGCCUUGCCAAGACCAUUGUUUAUUCAUCUUCGAUUGUUAAGCCUACCUAAUAAAUAAAAAUGCAGUUUCGAUUGGCAAAUCAACAAUUGGCUUCUUAAUUCAGGUUGUGUUCCACCAUUCAAAUUUUGAGAUUGAUCAAUCUACAAGGAGUUUGUUCAAAUUCACAAUUAGAAGAAGCAGAUGAACAAGAUUUGGAGUCAACCAUUUCCAAAAUACUUUCAGUAACUCUAAAAAGCAAUACCGAGAAGCAUCAAUCCAUAACUAAAUGA